CGUCUGCGUGGUAGCUACCUCACCGCCUCCCAGCAAGCAUAACGCCCCCCCCCCCCCCCAAGCCUUCCCCGCCGCCCUCCGAUCCGAGCGAGUAGCUCAUGGCUCACUCCCUCGCCGCCGCUUCCGCCUCCUUCUCGCCGCUCGCCGCCCGGCGGCGGCCAUCCAGCAAGGUGACAAAUGUAAUUUUGAGUCGGAGCUCGGUUUCCUUCCAAAGCCAGGGGAUGAACUUUGUGUCCAUCCGUUCAAGGCCAAGUCCUCUUCGGUUUAACAUUUGCUGUUCGGCUAAGAAAGAGACAGUUGACAAGGUUUGUAUGAUAGUGAAAACGCAACUGGCUCUUCCUGAUGGGACUGCUGUCACAGGGGAAUCGAAAUUCUCUGAACUUGGUGCUGAUUCACUGGAUACAGUCGAGAUUGUGAUGAGCCUUGAGGAAGAAUUCAACAUCACUGUCGAUGAGACGAGUGCACAGGACAUUGCAACCGUGCAGGAUGCAGCAAACCUUAUUGAGAAGCUUGUGGUGGAGAAGACUGCAUAAGCAUCUUAAUUCCUCGGUCUGUUGUAAGUCGACGGAUUUGGAUAAUUGGACCUUGUGAUGGACACAACAUUGCAUUCAAUCCUUGUUGUAUGUUCAAUUGUUCAUGUUACCCAUUCGUUCUUUCUUGACCAUUCAAGAUGAGAUUUUGUAUUGAUGCUGCUGAGGUUAAAUUACCUUCAGAGGCUACGUGAAGCAAAUUAAGACAAUGUAUUCCACUUUCAAUUUGUAUGUUGUACUUCUGUUAUAGAGACACUAAUGAACUUAUUAAGGGUCA